AUGUUUGCAGCCCUGAAUGAAUUGUCUAGAAAAUGUCCACAUUCAUUCAAUGAUCAACUAUUAUCGACUAAUAAUAACUUAUCAUUAUUAUUUCAUUAUAAAGGUUCAUCUAAAAUUCUGUCGAUCCAUCGUCUAUUUGAGCCUCUCACGCUUGGUGAAUGUUUUGGAGAUAUGAGCAUUAAUUAUUACUCGUGUAAUAUUAGUUUGCCAUAUUUAUUUAUAUGUGCUAAUGGUCGACAAUGUAUACUACGCCUUGUAAUUCACGAUGGUGUUGGAAACUGCGAUGAUUUAUCCUACGAAUCAGCAUUAGCGCCAGAAUGUACAAAAUCACAAUUUGGUAUUGAUCCAGCACAAUGCGUUGAAUCAUUUGAAUGUAAAUAUUUACGUGGUAUUAUUCGAUAA